AUGUUUCUGGCUAAUCCUUACUUCAGAGUCCAAUCCUCACAAUACUGUUCUCAUGGAGCUCAUAUUCUCCAUCUUCUCAAUCCUUUUAACCUUUCUUCUUUUUCUCUUACCGGCGGUGAAAUAGCAAACGGAUUUAGAAAAAAUGAUGAAACUUCAAAUCUACCUCCGGGGCCGCCGAAACUACCUCUGAUUGGAAAUUUGCACCAGCUUGUUGGCUCUCUACCAACUCGCAGACUCAGAGAUUUGGCCAAGAAAUAUGGACCCUUCAUGAAUCUGCAGCUUGGAGAAAUUUCUGCUGUUAUUGUUUCAUCGCCAGAGUCUGCAAAAGAAGUGAUGAAAACUCAUGAUAUUACAUUUGCAUCAAGGCCUUAUAAUCAAGCAACAUGUAUAGUAUCUUAUGGUUACAAGGAUAAAAUAUUCUCACCAUAUGGUGAUUACUGGAGACAACUACGGAAGAUUUGUUCAUUGGAGCUUUUAAGCACAAAAAGAGUUCAAUCAUUCCAAUCGGUAAGAGAAGAAGAGAUUGCUAAUCUAAUUAAUUGGAUUGCAUCAAAAUCAGGAUCUGUGAUUAACCUUUCGGAUAAAAUUUGCGAAUCAAUGUAUGCUAUCACUUCCAGGGCUGUCUUUGGUAAAAUAUGUGAAGCUGACCAAGAAUUAUUCAUGUCUGUUGUCAAGGAAAUGGCAAAGGCACUGGGAGGGUUUAAUAUUGCAGAUCUGUUUCCUUCAAUUAAAUUGCUCGAAUCCAUUAGUGGAACGAAUCCUUAUUUGCAGACCUGCAUGAGAAUCCGACCGAGUAGUUGA